GGUUGCUAAUAUUAGUGAAGUGAUACUGGGAUCAAACCAUGAAGAGGAAUAUUACAGAAAAUUCAACCCGAGCUACAGCAGGUUGCCUUCCUGUAUUACUGUUUAAUCAAAAGAAAAGAACCCGACUGCCAUUGACUUCAAACCCUAUGGAACACGAGCCAGGCUCAAACAACCUAUUUCCUACACCAGAAAGUUUUGAUUCACCACCAGCAGGCAACAAAGGAUUAACUCAAAACAGAGCACCAGGCAAUCAGACAACAAUUCAAAUCAAUUAUAGGACCAAGUUUCAGUAUCCCAAUAUGAGGACUAAUAUAGAUAAUUCAUGUAGUGGAAUGACUCCUCUGCCAAAUUCAGGAAAAUCUACGAAUACUGAAUGCUGCCAGACUUGCCAACUUCAACAACAUUUAUCUCAGCAUCAACAAAUUCAAGAACAGAGAAAGUUUUCUCAUGAAUCUAACAUCACAAGACAAAACAGUAAGAACAGCUGGAAUCAGCUUCAGCAACAGGUACCUCCACGACAACAAAGUCAGGUACAAAGGCAGUUUUCUGGUGGAUCCAACAUUGCAGGACAAAGCAAAAUGACAGGGUGGAACACAGAUGCUAGACAACAGUCUGGAAAUACUUGGAAAGGAAAUAUUAGGUCUCUCACGAAUGAAAGAACGGAAUGUACUUCUAAUAGGAACGAUCAUAUUCAAACAAAAAUAACAAGUACUUUCGGAUCAUGUGUGCCAUCUGAAUCGUACAAAGCACAAAAAAAGUCUUCUCAGCAAACACAUCAGUGGCCCAAGAGUUCAUCUCAAAAUUCAACAAGCAGUAAAUGUAGUGGCCAACUCAAUCCAUUUUUUGAAAACCAAUUUGAAAGUAAUCCAAGUGAUGUAAUUAAUCAGAAAUCACAACCAGCUCAUGUGAGAGUUAUGCAGCCAGAUAAUUCAUUACGUAUUGUGACCACAUCUAUAGAAGGCAUGAAACACUGGACUCAGUAUAACCACAAAUGUGCAUUGCUAUUUGAAGUCAUUGCUACCCUGGAUUCUGCUGUCAGAGUGGGAGAACAAAGUGCCAAAAACUUUAUUCUGAGAGACAGAAACGAUUCAGUUCCAUCCGUGUUUUAUGAAAUGACCUCCAAAGUCCAUGUGCAACAGCAACUUCUGAAACUGGAAGUCAACGCUGGGAAUGGUAUCGGCACAACAAUCAGUGUAGGUGCACCCUUGGAGCAGCUGCUCUGCUUCGAGGAAACAUUGCUCAAGAGUGAAAUUCUGACCUUGGCAUUUAAAGCUUGCGGGGAAAAUUGA